AAUGCUUCAAUAAAAAUAGGCUGUCCUCUCCAUCUCCAUAACCAUCUCUCCAGAAACUUCUGCGUUUUCACCGUCCAGCUCUUCGAGCUCUCUCUUUUGAGCUUCUUGUUUGUGCAUGGCAGUGAGCAUAUUUUCCCGGAAGGUAUUCGAUCUAUGUCUUGGAAAGCCUGCCCUUAGGAGCCUUUCUGUUUCCGCGACAGUCGGUGACGCCCUGUCGGUCCUGAAGAGGCUCGGCGAGAGCUAUUUGAGCUUGUGGAGCUGUGACCACGACAAGUCUUCGAGGAUCUCCGAUGAUUGCCGAUGCGUAGGCAAGGUUUGCAUGGUAGACAUAAUCUGUUUCCUCUGCAAAGAAGAGAACCUAAGGUCCCCAGCCGCCGCGCUUCAGUCGUCGCUCUCGGUUCUGAUUACCAAGACUCCUACUGGGAUCGUUAGGCAUUUGGAGUCCCACGCAAGCUUAGUGGAGGCUAUAGAUCUCAUACUUGAAGGAGCACAGAAUCUUGUGAUACCAAUACCAAGUCAAAGCCGGAGGAAGAAGCUCCUGCAGAAGCCCUCCUCCAAGUCCACCCUCCACAACAAUCGGGAAUACUGCUGGCUCACCCAAGAAGACAUAAUACGCUACCUCCUCAACUCCAUUGGUCUUUUCUGCCCCACCCCCAUCAACCCCAUCAACACCCUUAAUGUAAUCGACCCAAAAAACAUCCUCGCCGUCCAGUACGACGACCCUGCAUUGGCUGCAUUGCCCCUCAUCUCCCAGUCCCUCGUCAACCACACCUCUGUUGCCAUCGUCGACCUAGACGGCAAGCUGAUCGGCGAAAUCUCGCCGUUCACGCUCAAUUCUUGCGACGAGUCUGUCUCGGCGGCGAUCGCAACUCUCUCGGCGGGUGAUCUAAUGGCAUAUAUAGACUGUGGUGGUCCACCAGAGGACCUAGUGCAGCUGGUGAAAGACCGACUGGAAGCGCAAAACUUAGAAGCGGCUUUGGAACUAAUGGAAGAGGAAUCGACAAUCACAUCAUUGUCGCUGUGCUCGUCUUCGUCGGAUGAAGAGUCUGGGUCGGGGAGGAGUAAGUCAGGAGGGUCGUAUUCGGCGAGGUUGGUUAGGAGGUCAGAAGCAAUCGUGUGCUACCCAUGGAACUCAUUGGUGGCGGUGAUGAUUCAGGCACUCGCGCAUCGCGUGAGUUAUGUGUGGGUUGUUGAAGAGGAUGGGAGUUUGUCUGGGAUUGUUACCUUUGCAGCCAUGUUGAAAGUUUUCCGGGAACGUUUGAACUCGUUAUAAGAAAUAACUCAGAUGAUGAGAGCUCACAAGUCAAAACUGCAAGAUCACCAUAGUAGAGUUUGACAAAGAAUCUGAAUCCACAAUGUUCUCUGCUAUAAUCGAACAUUUGAAGUUUGAAUAA